CAGAAAGGAGGAGGUUUGAAAUUGCUGGAUUAAUGUCAUCUGUCUUAAGAGCACAUUUACAUGCAUAUGAUCCAGUUUUUUCAAUGACAUUGAGAUAUUUGAUAAGCAUACACAAAGGAUUUUGCUUUCAUCAAGGACUUCUGUCACCCAUAUCAGAUCUUACUGAGAGGUUACUGCUUGAGGAACGGGACCCCCCUGCAACACCACAGGAGAGUACAUAUGAAGCACCUCCUUUUGAUGAGGUGGACAUACAAGCCCUUGCGCAUGCUGUAAAGAUUACAAGACAAGGAGCUGUUGAUAGCUUGAGAUUCACUCGGGGUGAUCUAUUUCUGGCAUUUCAGAAUGAAUUAUGCCAGAUGAGAUUGGAUGUUUCUGUGCUCGAUGAACUUGUUCGUGAAUAUUGUGUUUAUAGGGGCAUUAUUGAUUCCACUCUUGCAUCUUCUUCUGGAAUGCAAACCCCUUCCAAAUCUGUGAAAGUUCAUCAACCAGAAUCUGGGUAUUGUUCAUCAAGGAACUGCUCCCUUGAAGUGGAUUGUAGUAUCAGUAAACAUUCAGAUGGUGAAACUUCCAUUAGUAAUACUAAUAUGGAUGCUUCUCCCGAAAAUAAUACUGAUGUGACAAGCAUGCAAGGUACAGAUGUCGAAUUACGAUUUGCUGGUGAGCCAAUUGGCAGUCAUGAAGAUUGUAGCACCAGUGGUUCACAUCAGCCUGAAAGUUCAAGAGUUCUGAGAAACAGAAGCCAUGGAACUGGAGAAAGGAAUAAACGUAAGAGGUGGAGGGGAAGGCAUGAUGACUUUGGUUAUGUUCCUGAUGUUUCUCUCAAUGGAUGUGAUAAGCAAGAGCUUAGCUCUUCUAGUCUUUUUAGCAGCAUGAAAAUGUCAAAGGAACACCAGGCUUCAGAAAAACAUAUCAUGUUUGAUUUUAGCCAUAAGGAUGAUAAAUAUGAAAUUGUACUGGGGAUGAAGGAGCUAGCUAGCAGAGGAAUGGCUGCUGAGGCUGUUGAAGAAGUUAAUACUAUGGAUCCAGACUUUUUUGUGCAAAAUCCUGUACUGUUAUUCCAACUUAAGCAGGUUGAAUUCCUUAAGCUGGUCAGCUCCGGUGAUCAUUCUGCUGCUUUGCGGGUUGCAUGCUCGCACUUGGGUCCUUUAGCACAUAGUCAUCCUGAUUUGUUAAAGCCUUUAAAAGAGACUUUGUUGGCAUUGCUCUGGCCUAAUGAGGAUGCAGUUGUAAAAGGCUUCCCUUUACAUGCUCUUGCAACUUCACUGCAGGUUGCAAUCGGUAGGAGGCUUGGUAUUGAAGAGCCACAGCUUAUGAAGAUCAUAAGAGCUACCCUUCACACACACAGUGAAUGGUUUAAACUUCAAAUGUGUAAAGAUCGCUUCGAAGGUCUUCUGAGGAUUGAUUCGUUGAAGGAAGUUAAUACUCCUUUACUUGGUGCUGCUGCUGUCAUGUCAAAGUCAAAUGCAGAUAGUUGUACUCAAGCAUCUUCCCAAGCCACAAUAUCUUCAAAUGCCAGGCUGUCAGAAGAUGGUAGCAGCCCAUCUCAAGUGUCUUCUGGAGAUGUUGUCUGUGAUGAAAAUGCAAUACUCAAAGUAAUGGAAUUUCUGGCUCUGCCGAGGGCUGAUGCCAUCCACCUACUUGCUCAAUAUAAUGGGAAUGCUGAGACUGUCAUCCAGCAAAUAUUUGCAUAGAUAAAAUUGUAAUAAGUAACUUCAGUGAAACUAAUUACCAUUUGUUUAUUUAUGUUAAAAUAUCAUUUCAUU